AGAGAGAAAACACUCACUUCCUGCCCGUGCUUGGAGGCAGCAUUCAACAGAUGAGCGUACCAGAGCCGUUGGACAGAAUGUACUUUUCGGUCUUCGGCAAACAUAUCUCUAUAACUAUCCCAAGGAACAGUAAGUAAAUGAAUGUCUAGUUCGUUUACAAUGUAUGGGACUUGUUGUCACUAUUGGAUCGUGUUGUAUGUGGUCUGGGGACAAGAAUUAGGGGGUAAUAAGUGCUUUUGUGUGAACUGUUAACAAAACAUUAGUUUGAACAAUAGCUGGUACCAAGGCCUUAGCACCUCAACAUCCCCAAAAGGAGUGACGUUGGAAGGGGGAUGGUGAGGGCCCCGGCACUUUAUAUGGAGGGGCGGUGGGGUGGUGGGGGCCCCGGCACUUUAUAUGGAGGGGUGAUGGUGGGGGCCCAGGCACUUUAUAUGGAGGGGCGAUGGUGGGGCCACGGCACGUUGUAUGGAGGGGCGAUGGUGGGGGCCCCGGCACUUUAUAUGGAGGGGCGAUGGUGGGGGCCACGGCACUUUAUAUGGAAGGGCGGCAUUUUCGGGAAACUGUGGAGCUUUUAUUUUCUUGGAAAGGAAUUGCUUAAAAAUCCGUUGCCCGCCCAUGCCCAUGUAGCGCGAAACCCUAGCUAGGCAGGCCCAGGCCACGGUCUCAAAGCACCCGUGUCAUCAACUUUUGAUCAACGUCCAUUUUGCCAUGACGAUUAGUUGUGUCAUAGUAAUUAUUGGCAAUGGUGUUGUGGUUCUUUCCCUUGGUUUUGUUUAUCUUAGCAACGAGGGGGUUGCCACGCCUCAUUAGAUAAGCUGCAUUGAUUGUUUUCUAUAGAUAACAAGUUGUAUGCCUUUAUCUUAAUGAGGCCAAAAAAAAAAAAAAGGUGUCGAAGUUUUAAAGACGGAAUUCACCCUUUAACAGCUUGAUAAUUAAUUCACAAGAUCUUUGACCCUAGAAAGAAAUCCUCGCCAUUUAAAACUCUAUAACUUUUCUUCCCAGUCAAGUUAGAGACUCCACACUCUCCUCAGCCCGGUCAGUGAGAUUAAUGAUUAUCAUUAUUUAUUGCAAUCUAAUCAGCAAAAUCAAGACAAUUAUUUCAAAGCACAGUUCAAGGUCUUUAAUCUUUUUUUUCUUUCUAAAUCUUCAAUAAUUACUUGUAAACUUUCCAGACCCUCCUGUUGAAAAUGGCAGAGGCGUCACCUGGGAAAAUACCGUGGCCACAACCCCAAACUUCAAUUUCACGUUCAGAAAUUUUGUUUCGUGGUGCCACCUAUUGUUUUCUAGGGGAGGCAAGGCGCUCCUAAGGUAAACAGACUUCACAUUUUUAAAGUUUUUUUUUAAAAAUCUUUUUAAGUUAAAAAAUACAACUUUUUUUUUAAAGUGAAUAUUUUAAAAUACGAGCCUUCCAGUUGGACUUGUAGGAAUCGGAAGGAAACGAAACAAAUAACCUUCUAACUCUUUUCCUGAUACGUAGAAAACGUGGGGGGGGGGGGCAAGGAGUUUCGGCCUCUUCUUCUUAUACCAACACACGACCUUAGCGUGUUGCUGGACUUUCGGUGGGAAUCUUUAGAGACCAACUUCUAGGCUGGUACACAAAAAUAAUCAAAUGUCUGAAGUUUAGUGUGGAGACUGACGAUACCCGGAGGGGAAAAAAAUGAUGCCAUUGAAGUUUCCUGGUAAAAAAUAAUAUCUCAAAAUUCUUAGCGCACUAAUAUUUUAAAUAAUUAAAGGGUAUUGAAAUUGCCCAAGCAAUGCGGGACGUCUGCAAUGACAUUAGGGAGGGCUAUUCUUGUGUUCAAAAUUUACCAUCAAAGCACUCUUAAAUUGAGCUGUCUGGAAAUGCACGUCACUAUAGACCGAUCACCCCUGUCUCUCUUGGUCAAAACAUCUCAUUCUCUGUCGUGGGUAUGUGCCCGUUCGGUAACAAGUUUGGUUUUGUACAUUGUUUUUUUUUCUUCAUUUAAAUUACUCUUUUUUUUUCAUUUGAAAGAAAUAUAAUUUGCCAUACUCUAAUACGGCUUAUGUGCCCAUACUGUCUCACUGUUUAUUAUUCCAUCCAGUCCAACUUCUUAUUUUUCCAUGCUGUACCAUUAAUUAUUUGUUAAUGUUGUGUAUUUUCCGAAAACUGAUCCACUGCUUACUUUUUCAAAUACCGUCCAAAUGCUUAUUGGGUCGUUCUGGUCCACUGCUCAUUUGUCCAUUUUCCCUAUCUUGUCAUUACUGCCAAUUAUUACGCACUGUUCUAUUCCCUAUUCUUUACCAAAAGGGCCAACUUCCUGAAGCAGCCCCAAUGUUCCGUAUCCUAUAAUACACACUGUUCUAUGCCCUGUCCAUCUCAAACAAGCGCCAACUCACUGAAGCAGCCCCAACGUUCCGUAUCCUAUAAUACACACUGUUCUAUUCCCUGUCCAUCUCAACCAAGCGCCAACUCACUGAAGCAGCCCCAACGUUCCGUAUCCUAUAAUACACACUGUUAUAUUCCCUGUCCAUCUCAACCAAGCGCCAACUCACUGAAGCAGCCCCAACGUUCCGUAUCCUAUAAUACACACUGUUCUAUUCCCUGUCCAUCUCAACCAAGCGCCAACUCACUGAAGCAGCCCCAACGUUCCGUAUCCUAUAAUACACACUGUUAUAUUCCCUGUCCAUCUCAACCAAGCGCCAACUCACUGAAGCAGCCCCAACGUUCCGUAUCCUAUAAUACACACUGUUCUAUGACCUGUCCAUCUCAAAUAAGCGCCAACUCACUGAAGCAGCCCCAACGUUCCGUAUCCUAUAAUACACACUGUUCUAUUCCCUGUCCAUCUCAAACAAGCGCCAACUCACUGAAGCAGCCCGAACGUUCCAUUGUGCUAGAGAGAAAUGAUGGAGAUGGCGACGAGCUGCUCGGCCAGGAGCCCCAGGGCAUCUUGAGGACAUCGCUGGCGUCUGACCGCGCAGGUGUGGAAUGUAGGUCAGCUGAGGACUUCACGCUUCUGGACACCAGGUGAGGCGUCCCAGAGCGCUGCAUUUAACCAGCCUAACGGCUAACAACCGGCCAACAAAGCAGAGUUUAACCAACCUAGCGGCUAAAAACCAGCCAACAAAAGCAGAGUUUACCCAGCCUAACGGCUAACAACCGACCAACAAAAGCAGAGUUUAACCAACCUAGCGGCUAAAAACCAGCCAACAAAAGCAGAGUUUAACCAACUUGUGGCCAACAACUGGCCAACAAAAGCAGAGUUUUUCAUUGCUAGAGUUUCUAAUUCAAACAGAUUUUUUUUUUUUUUGAAAUCGUUUUUGUCGCUGAUAAUUUUAUAGUUUUCUGUCCCUGAACAUGUGGUCGAAAUUUGCUUUCCAUCCCAGACUGAAUUAGAUCAUUGGUUCUUAGCCUGGGUUUGAUCGAACCCCAGGGGUUUGGUGAGUCAGUUUCAAGGGUUCUGCGGAGGUCCAAAAAAAAUCAGAAAAAAAAUCAUAUUAUAUUUUUCCUAUUAAGAAGAGUUCGGUGAAUGCGCAUAUGAAACUGGUGGGGUUCGGUACCUUCAAAAAGGUUAAGAACCACUGAAUUAGAUUUAGAACCGCUUGUAAUAGGAAUUAAAAUAUUUAUCAGACGCUGUGAUCGCGUGGUGACGUCAUGUUGUUGCUGUCGGUGGUGAUGAUGUUCAAUAACUCAAAUACGUGAUGUGGAUGUUGUUGGUGAUGUUCAGAUGUCGUUGGUGAUGUUCAGAUGUCGUUGGUGCUGUUCAGAUGUCUUUGGUGAUGUUCAGAUGUCGUUGGUGAUGUUCAGAUGUCGUUGGUGAUGUUCAGAUGACGUUGGCGAUGUUCAUCUACUUUGUUACAAUUUUUUUUUAAAAAUACAUUUUGAUUUCAUGUUUAUGUUUUUAGGCAGUAAGGACAAAGUGCAAAAAAACAAAAAAAUUAAUGAUAAUACAUUUUUUUAAAAGCUGAUCGGACGUUAAAAUCUUAGAGAAAUAAAGAGAAACAAAAGACGUACAAAGCGAGACAACCCAAAGAAAAAAAUUCGGACUUAGAUCUUCGAUUAGCAUUACCUCCCCUGUUCCAUAGCUACGGUCCAAAAAUGCUGAUACAUUGUGUGAACUCUCGUGUCACAAACCUUAACGUUAGCUACAACUCUGUACUUUUCAGCAACUCAGAAACGUCAACAGACAAUAGCAUUUAGCCGUCGCUAACAGUGAGUACUACUCGCAGCCGUUGCACAAUUGAAUGUCUUGUCUGUGUGUGUGUGUGUCCUGAAUGUCUUGUCUGUGUGUGUGUGUGUCCUGAAUGUGUUGUCAAGGAUCCCCCAACGAUCUGGGAUGGGAAGCAAAUCCAUUUAUUUUGCCCGACAAUGCAGAAGAGUAUAUGUUAGUAUAUUGGAUACGAAUGAUACAAGAAUAAUGGGAAUUUAACUAAUCAAAGAACACGCACCAUAGGGGGGAGACCUCACUGACGUUAGGGGUAGGGAGAAGGGGGGUUGGGCUAAAAAAAAGUUCUUUCUGUAGACGUUCGAUGUCCCGUUGCUUGAUCAGGUAACUUAACUGAAGAGGCGCCUGAAGAGAGAGGCAACAAUCUUAUAUGGAGUCCAAACUAGAGAUGAGAAUGAGUCCAAGUCUUAACCUGAGCGAUGCUCUCAAAGAACCAAAAACAACUCUCAUAGCGUUUAAUUAUUGAUCUUUUUUUUUCUCCCCCCCCCCUCCCCCCAAUUUUUGAUUGGGUGUAGGAGUCCAUUUUACCUUUCGAUAGUAUAUUGCCGAUCCCCCUUGGCUUGAGUGUAAGAGUCCAUUUUGCCUUUCGAUAUUAUAUUCCCGAUCCCCCUCGGCUUGAGUGUAAGAGUCCAUUUUCCCUUUCGAUAGUAUAUUGCCGAUCCCCCUCGGAUAGGGUGAAAGAGUCCAUUUUCCCUUUCAAUAGUAUAUUGCCGACCGUUAACUAACACGAGGAGUAACACAAAGCACAUGAAUGAUGCAUACUUUUUUUUUCUUUCUUUAUUUUUUUUUUGUUGCAGAAACUGGUUCACGGCGCUACCGGGAAUAGAAUCGAACCAUUUCAAAUCAUCGUGCAGCUACAGUGUUUGA